AUGGAUGUCUACAAUGCCUUCCAUCAAGGAGACUUGUUUGAGGAAGUCUACAUGUCUUUGCCACAAGGAUUUGGUAGCCAGGGGAGAAUAAGAUUUUGCCAGGUCAUCCAAAGGCAUACUCAUGAACCAGAGAAGAUAUGCGCUAGAGUUGAUAUCAGAAUGAGGCUUAGGGGAGGAAAACCAGCUAUAAUCCAUUUGGAUCAGAAUCAGAAGCUCACUAGUUUGGAGUAUGGCAAAUUGUUUGAACUUGACAAUGAUAAAGAGAUGGAAGAUAGAAGACCUUAUCAGAGAUUGAUGGGAAGACUGCUCUAUCUGUCAAUCACACGACCAGAUAUAUCCUUCGUAGUCCAAACUUUGAGCCAAUUUAUGCAUGCUCCAAAAGAGUCACACUAUGAAGUUGCAUUAAGGGUGGUUAAAUAUAUGAAAAGCCAUCCAGGCUUAGGACUUCUGAUGAGCAGCAAUAAGUCCAGGAAAAUCACUACUUUUUGUGAUGCUAAUUGGUCAUCUUGUAUGGUGUCUAGAAAAUCUGUUACUGGUUUUUGCAUAAAGCUGGGAGAAUCACUAAUUUCUUGGAGGUCCAAAAGUAGAGUAUAG